AUGUCGAGCAGCGGCGUGACGGGCGGCCCGGUGAGCCAAGUGUGUCGUCCACACUUUCCCAGCUCCGUGCUCCACCCUUGGCUGUCCGGCAGCGGGGCGGACACGUCCAAGACGCCGUGGGGCUUCCCGACGACGACCGGGACGACCGGCGGCGACGACAAACCGCAGAGUCCACUGGGCUCGUCUCUACCGCCGACCACCGGGAGCCUUUCGAGUCACGGGGGCGCCGGUGCGGGACACCACCUGUUCUCCUUUCCGCCGACACCGCCUAAAGACGCGACGCCCGACAGCAUAACCGCGAGCACCACCUCCAACACGAACAACAACAAUAAUUCCAGUAGCGCGAACAAUAACAACAGCAGCAAUCCUUUGUCGGGACUAGGCGGAGGCGCGAGUAGCGAGUACCAAGCGGCCGUCGCGCACGCGGCGGUCAUGGGCGCGUUCAUGCACCACCAGGACGCGUUGGGCGCCGGCGGAGCCAGCUCUUGCGACGUGAAACCGAACGUGAUGCUGGGACACCACCACGGGGCACCGUCGCCGCCGCAUCAGCAGCACAACGGGAGCGGGAACGCGGGGAACGGGAACGGGAGCAACGGCGGUGCCACCGGACAAGUGAAGCAGCGCGAAGGUAAUAACCAGUCGGGCAGCCAACAGGCGAGCACGCAGCAGCAGCAACAACAGCAGCAACAACAGCAGCAGCAAGAGAACGCGUAUCAGGGGAACAACGGCGGUGGCGGCGGUGGUGCGUCCUCGCCGUCGUGCAGGGACGGCUACGCGGCCGCGGCCGCGGCUGCGGCUGCUGCGGCCGCGUCCAACAGCCACCACGCCACCUCCGGGUCCCAAUACGACCCGGCGACCAGCGCGUAUAACAUGUACCAGCACCUGCAGUAUCCUAGUACCACCCACCACCAUCACCACCACCAUCAUCACGGCGCCUCCUCGUCGUCGUCUUCGUCUUCGUCCCACAAUCCGCACAACGGGACCGCGGUUUCCGGUAUUUUCGGUCACCACGGGGCCGCCGGCGCCGGUGCCGGGAACACGACCGGCGUGGCCGGCGUGAACGUCGACUCGAAGUUGUUGGUCGGUCACGCGCACGCCAACACGCCGAGCUCGCCGUCCGCGCAGCAGCAGCAGCAGCAAAAGCCCAGGAACAAGUCGAGGACGUCCGCCGGUAAGCCGCCCGCCUACCAAACUCUCUCAUUCUCUCUCUCUCUCUUUCUCUCUUCCCCCCUCCCCAUUUUUUUAACCUUUUUAUGUUUACUCAUUUUAUUCGUUAGUUCUCUCGGUUUUGGGAUUUUCUUCCACGGUUACUGGAUACUAAUACAAACCUUGUACUCUUUGCGUGAGUUCAUGUGUUUGCAGUUUUCAAUAUUACAUUUGCAUAUCUUGAAGUGGACGUAGCUGUUUUAUGAUAACAAGAUUAAAUCCAGUAAUUCUGUUUUUAGUUUAAUGUAUCUGGUGACUACUUUAAUUUAUUUUCGAUUAACUCUUCCUGUACCGACUGAAUGUUAAGGCCUGUUCUGGUUAUGCAGUGGAACUACGUUCCUGUAUUAAGUUGAGAAAAAAAAAUGAUUGGAUAUCUUAUCAUUCAGUGGUACGGGGAUAAAGAUACGAGA